AUGCCGCCCAAGCUGGUAUCGUGCCCUUGCUCCACUUGCAACGGGAAGGAAGUACCACCUCAGAUGAAGAAGAACCAUGCUGCCGCCCUCCUUUGUGCAGCAUCUCGGAGACUGUCCACUCCUCGUUUGCCAUUACAAGCACAUACGCAACGUGCCACCACCAAUGUGGCCUCACGAUCGCCUCUUUUUCCCAUCUCCAAUGUCCCAGUUCAAGACCCAAGGACUGGCAGCACCAGAUUUCGCAUAUAUACAGUCAAACGUCCGCAAGACGUUCAUGAUCCUGCUGAGCCUCACAGUCUUGACAGAGCAGAGACAGAGACUCAAAGAAUUCCAGACUCUCAGCAAGCCCCAGAUUUUGAGUUCACCUUUGAUUUUCCUCCGCAUCUCCCAUCUGCCCCCGAUACUGAGGCUGGAGCAGGUACCACGACCAACAUGCCCACUGCAAGUUGUGAGGAUACAACGGCCACCUUGAAGGAUUUAUGCACCCCUUCAAGUUCCUCUGACCUUCAACAUGCCUCAGAGACCCAGCUUGAAGCUGAAGAACGCGGGCGAGUCAUCAUGGAACAGGCAGUUGCAAGGCUGAAUCUCGAUGAUCCUAUCACCAGUGACGAUUGGGAUGACCCAGAGCCUGAACUUGAUGGAGAUAUCGAAGACUCAGCAGUGCCACUCGAGUCACCUACCACUACCCCCAUUCCCGCUAUCCCUAUCGUCGCCACAUCUACUGAACGCUGUGCUGCUGGGACAUCCCAUACUGAUCCUCUGCACCUCGAAAACACCCUGGAUCCCUUCUAUCAAUCACCAGCAGACCUAGCACGGGACAUUCGUUCACGUUCUUCCAAUCCGAUUCACCAACAUUCGGCGAUAUGA